CUCUGCGGACGGCUCCAAGAGUGUACAGUUGUCAGUACCUCUCUGCGGGUAACAGCAUCCUUCUGUCGGUUAGCCAUGCCAGCUGCAACCCACUGAUAAAUCCUCAUCUACCCAGUGAGCUGCUCUCACACUACCAGUCGCCAUGUUCUACCUCAACACCUUCUGUAACCGCAUCUCGUCGGAUUUCAAGCAGAAAGAACUCCUCCCGCUGAAGCUUUUAUUCUUUGUCCAUGCUUCCACCCUGUUCGUGCUGUACCCUUACCUCACCAUCCACAUGCGGGAGUUGGGUAUCAACGUGGAGGAGGCUGCCAUCAUGUCCGCGGUCACUCCUAUCGUCGCCAUCAUCAUGCCUCCUAUCGCUGGUGUCAUCGCUGACCGAAUAGGCAACUUUAAGUAUAUACUGUCACUGUUCAACGCGCUCGGAGGUGGAAUAUCUCUACUGCUUCUACUGGUUCCUGUCGGACGCAUCAAUUUCACGUAUCCGGAUCGAGCUAUACUGGCCGUGACAUGUCCUACUAACGCAGAAGGCAUGCUGAGUAUGUCAUUGGCUGAGGAACACCCUUGCCUGGCCCUGCCUUCCAUUCUCAAGACACAAAUCAGCAACGAGUCACUUCACAUUGGAACUCAAAUGGAAGCAUGUGGUCUGAUAUGUACAAGACAUGCAUCUGACUUCCAUCCAGAGAAUGUGAAAGGUCCCAAAACAUUAGAAGCAGAAUCAACGACUAUACUGAGGACAAGAAACUAUACGAUUUUGAUCAAAGACACAAUAACUGAUACAACAGAUCAAGUCAUGUACAAUCUCCAUGCUGAAGAUUUGCCUUUGUUUCGGGCUCCAAGACCAGAGGAUGAAGACAAAAGAAACCAUAGGCUAAUGAAAAAUAAAGCUCAUUAUCAAACUUCUGUGAGGAAACUAACAGAUUCCACUUUUUUCUUUCCAACCAGUGGCCUGUUAGACUUGGUGUGCUCUAUUGAUAGUGUUGAUAAUCUCACAGAUAUAUUCUCUUGUAUCAUUCAACAAUCUACAGACAUGAUUUCACCAUCAGCUGUUAAAAUAAAUCGAGGUAUCCUGGAUGUAAAAGUGAAGUCGGCUCCUAGUUCUAACCCGGCAAACAUGAGGACUUUGUAUGUGACAGAUAUAGAUGUAGCAGACACUCCUCAGGAGUUGCAAAUCCUCCAAGAAUUUGUAAAUGCUCAGUGCAGUUUGGAUAACUCAACAGAUGAAUUGUCAGUGCUAGUGCCUCUGCUGAACCCUGAGAACAGCCUAGAGACGGACUCAGUUCUGCACUUGACGGACUGCAAAGCAUCAUGUAUUGCUACAGUGCCUCGCGCCAGUCUCUGUUCUAACCUGGGCCAGACUGUGGAGUACGAUGUAUCACUGACAUUCUGGACUUACCUCACUGUGCGAGUGUUUGUUGGAAUGAUUAGUGGAACUGCUUUUGCCAUGUUUGAAGGAGCUGUGAUUGCAAUGCUGCGGGAACACAAGGGAGAUUACGGUUUACAGAGAAUUUACGCUGCGAUUGGAGGCAUGAUCAGUUCCCCACUUUCUGGAAUGUUGAUUGAUUAUGCGAGUGAAAAUAAAGGAUACACAGAUUUUAGGCCUGCAUUUUAUCUGUACGCUGGUUUAAAAAUAAUAAGUGGAUUUCUGAUGCUCACAAUCAACCUGGAGUUCAAGUCACCUGCUCAAAAUGUGGUUGCAGAUGUGCUUACAGUUCUAAGGAAGAUUGAAAUUGUUGCACUUUUUAUUACUUGUUUUAUUUUAGGGACUGCGUGGGGUUACAUAGAGAGUUUCCUGUUCUGGCUGCUGCAAGACCUGGGAGCAUCACGCUCACUUAUGGGCAUCACAAUCACAAUUGGAGGCAUCGCAGGACUCCCUCUCCUGGUCAUGUCAGGCCCGAUCAUAGACCGCAUCGGCCACGCCAAUGUUCUCUUCAUCGGCUUCAUAUUUUACGCAAUAAGACUUUUAGGUUAUUCUCUCAUUUACAACCCUUGGAUGUGCCUCAUAUUUGAAGCGAUGGAAUCAAUAACAUCAUCAUUAGCCAUAACUGCGGCAGUAACAUACGCAGCCAAAUUGUCUACAAACACCACAGACUCGAGUAUUCAGGGGCUCCUUGGUGGCAUUUACUUUGGUGUCGGCAAAAGGUUCAGGCAGCUUAGUUGGAGGAUAUUUAAUGAAAGCUGUGGGUACAAGACCAACAUAUCAAAUAUUUUCUGCCGUUACACUGGUCACUGGAUGCCUCUAUUAUGCCUUCAACCACUUCUACAUUGUAAAGAGGAUAGGUGGUUCAGAAAAAGAAAAUGCAGACAAUCCUUUUGGAUGCAGUAUCAGACCAAAAUUAACACCUGCUGCAAUUGAAAAACAAAGGGAAGCUGAAGAAAUCAACAAUGCUUCUCAUAAAACCUCGAAGAUAAAAAACAAUGUGAAAGAAAACUCUUCUGCUGUGAAAAACUGUAACCCUCCAGUCAAAUAUACUACAGGUGUUAAUAAUCUGAACUCCUC